AUUGUGAUUGGGUAAAAGGCUCAAUAGACGUUCAAAAGAUAUAUAGCAGGGUGGUCGUUUGCUUGACAGUUUGGUUCGGUUGGGGAAACCAUCACAACCAAUUUGCAUUUUAAGAUGAUGCCGCGAAAAAGUUCAACGCUAUCGAAAAAAGCCUAAUGCGCCUCUAACGUAGAACUACUUGUAAAAAGACGAUUCACUGAAAGAUUGGGACCUUUUAGGCGAGUAUCGCACAGACAUAGAAAGAACAUUCAUAAAGAGAAGGAUAACAAGGACAAUGAUACCUGCUUCGCAGCCCGAGGACUGACAGUAUAAAAAGGCACAAAGGUAUUAUCACGAAACGCCAUGUUGCCAUACCAAUUUCGUUACAAUCUAUUUUCAGGUUAAGCACAAAUGCUAAGGGUGGUGAAAAAAAAGAAUUCCUUGACUUAUUAUCAAGUUUUCGUAGGCGAACGACGGGUCAUCUCGACUUGGAUUGUUCCGGCCGCCAGAGAUUACUCGGCUUUUUCAACCCUUUGGAGUCGGUUCAAUUGCUAUUACUAUUAUCUUCAUUCGAGCGAUUCUCCACGGCUACGAUUACCAGUACCGGGCACACAUUCGAUUCCAAGCGUACACAAUGCCUUUGACUGGAUCAUGGAUGAGGCUUACGCCGAAGACUUGGCUCAACACUUUCGCCCGACGACUGAUCUAUCCAAUAAUCCGGCGCUUGUGGUCAGUCCAAGCGAAUCUUCCGACGAUGGGUCCAAUAGCGAAGGAGAGAACGAAGCCACGGGCAAUUAUAUUGAACGCUUAUAUCGUCGGAUAACGAGCUUUAUAACGUAUAUGCUAGUGUAUUGUGCAGCGUGGCUUCGUAGACGUUUUUUUCCCUUAAUACCGUGAAAUGAACAAUGUAAUACUACAUCAUUUUUUGUGUGCACACUCAGCUUAUUCCCCCUGACCCUUAUUUCUUCAAUCAUAAUUCUUGGGACGGAAUAACGCGAAAUAAACCCUGCAUUCAACUCCAAUAUCACAGACAAGGACCGCAUUACUGGUAAUACUUUGUAUACAAAAAAACCUAGAUGAGAGGUGUCCAAAAA